AUGGCCCUAGAUCGACGUGAUAUUGUUCUAUUGAGCACAGUGGGUUUCAUUGCAUGGGGCUUAGCUGUGCGUUGGCUUCCAGUUUUGCGGUAUCUUGGGUAUGCUUUCGUACUCGGUGUUUUACUUUCAUGGGCAGCAGCACUCGGCCUUUUACUUCUGACCGUUCGAUCUCCUCGCGGCGCGAAAUCCUCCAAUCCCGGUCGUCUUCCCAUCGCAUUCCUCGGUCAAGGUCAAUGGCAAAAGGAGGUAAAGGAAAUACGCGCGCGCUCGACUUAUCAGCCACAAUCCCUCUACCCUGAAUCGUUUAUUGUGUCCGAGAGCGUUGACGAGUUGUUGACCUUGGUCACUCGAGACUUUAUCUCAUCUUGGUAUCAGAGCAUCAGCCCAAACCCAACGUUUAUCAACGAGGUAGAUAGGGUGAUUCGAAUUGCCCUUGAAAAUCUCCGAAAUCAGCUGCUUGCGGAAGAUCUGAUCUCGCUGGUUGUGUCGCGCAUCUUCCCCAUCCUGACAACGCACUUGAAAGAAUUUGAUAUCGCUGAGCGAUCUGUACGAGGCCGAAAUCUUACACGAAAUGUCACUGAAUCCGAAGAGCUGGACCUUGCCAUCGCGAAAAAAUACCGUGAUGGACGCCUCCAUCCCGCAGCUGCGCUUUCGUUGUCCGAUCAGAAACUUGUAGAGCAGGAAUACCUACGGAAGAUUGCUGUUGGAUUGCUACCUCGACUGUUUCCUGAACACGUCUUGAAAAGUCGGAUUGUCUCCGUCGUGAUACGGGAGAUCUUGGCCUGCGCCGUUCUGUUCCCUCUGGUGUCAGCCUUGUCUGAUCCAGAUACAUGGAACCAGUUGGUGGAGGCAUACGGACGGACUACCCUUCAAGAUCGCAAGAAUGUCAAGAAAAUCCGUGCUGCUUUGGACCAGCACGCCUCGCCCGCCCCCAAAUCCAAACGUGGACAUUCCUUUCCCAAACUCGCGCCAAACGAUUCAGAAAGAGCAUUUGAACGUUUUGUACGAGUCAUCCGGCGCUGUGACAAUCUAUCUGACGCCCGUCGAUUUAGAGCGCUGGUCACCAGUCAGCUGAAAAGGGAGUCAAUGGUGGAAGGUCAGGACCAGGUGUAUCUCAAGCGACUGGAGACAGGGAAAAGAGUCUUGGAUCAGAAGGUCGCCAAACUAUCAACACCAAGUCAUGGGUCUUACAUAAAGGCGGCCGAGUCGCACUUUCGCCGCAACAGCUCUUCGGGAAAUCAAGAGGCAUCCUUGGUGGAUGUUAUGCAUGAUUCUUCUGGCCUUUCAUACUUCAUGGAGUUCAUGGAUCGACAAAAACUCAUGUCUCUGGUGCAAUUCUGGAUUGUUGUAGAUGGCUUUCGCAACCCCCUCGAAGAUGAUUUUGGUGAUGAGACGUCUCCCAGCUCCACAACGUGGACAACGGCCGACCGAAACGAUAUGGCUCUAAUCAGUGAAACAUACCUGGCUAAGCCUGAACUGAAAGUCGCGGAUGAAUCCCGUCGCGCCGUCAAAUCAUUUCUGAGCGCCGGCAAACGGGCCACUCCAGAACAGUAUCGCAAAGCGCGGACGGUGAUUCUCACCACUCAAUCCGCGGUUCUUGAAGAGCUACAGAGCGUAUACUAUCCGAAAUUCAAAAGAUCUGAUCUGUACUACAAAUAUCUUGCUUCAGACGAGGCGUCUAAUCCCGGUCCUCAGGAAUCGCCUGCACCAGUUGAGUCGCCGGCCCGGCGGCCUCUUCCCCCGUUGAUGGGCCGUACCAUGUCGCAUCCCGGCCAGAAACCAAAGGAUCUGCGACGGGCAGUUGCCUCUUCAAGUGACAUCCGAAAUAUGGGCAAGCUCUUCGAUGAUGAAGAGGCACCGAGACGCUCUAUUGAUUCUGAGCGCUCAGCGCCUUUGUUCGACGACGAGUACGAUACGGAUCCUCUCGCUACAUCUACCCACAGUCUUGGUGCAGAUUCGCAGAACGGCAACAGCGAGGCUACACAGAAUCAGGUGAUCGAAUCUAUGGAAGCCGCGUUGAAUGAUAUCGUCACAAAUGAACCGAAAAACGCCCGAUUCGAAGAUUUGAGAGGGGGCGAUCUAGCCUCGUCUGGCUUUCUCAACAAUCACAAUCAUGAUCAGGGUUCUAAAUCUCCACGUAACUCGGUAGAUUCAGGGCGAAUGGAAACCCGCUCAGAGGAUAGCAAAAUCAAACCGAACAUUGCAUCGCUUGGAUUGGUAGACCAAUCGUCUCGGCUUGGCGUUUUCGAUGAUGAGCUCUUUCCGGAUCAGCAAAAAUUCUUGGAAGAUGAAUACGAAGAGCCUGUUGAGACAGAGGACAAAGAUCCAGCAGACGAGGUGCAGGAGGCUGCGCCUGGAGAUCUAGGACUGACUGAGGCAAUUGAAGCGCUCACUGCUGAUAUUGAGAAGCUAGCGUCGCAGGAAGCUGUGGUAGACGCAUUAACCCGGAAAGCCGACCUCACAAACAACACAACGGAGCUCAGAAUUCUGCGAAAGUCCAAGGCGAGCAUCCAGCGGGAACUACACCGCAAAGAGAUGCAACGACAGCAAUACAUCAUUCAGGAAAGUGACAACAGCUUAUAUGGCCGCUCGACCGUUCAAAUCAAGUCCAUUGUUGUGGGGAAAGAGGAGGAUGGGCGAGAGUAUGCUAUGUAUGUUAUUGAAGUACAAAGGAAUGCUGGCGAGCAGAUGCCUGCGGCGUCAUGGGCCGUAGCUCGCAGGUAUAGUGAGUUCCAUGAAUUGCACCAAAAAUUACGGAUGCGAUAUGCGUCUGUACGCCAUCUGGAGUUUCCCCGACGACGCGUGGUCAUGAAACUUCAGAGAGAAUUCCUUCAGAAGCGCCGGGUGGCACUAGAGGCAUAUCUGCAGAACUUGUUGCUGCUUCCGGAGGUGUGCCGCAGCCGGGAUCUUCGAGCCUUUCUCUCCCAGCGAGCAAUCAUACCACGCGACGAAACGCCACGCGGUGAAGAGACCAAGGACCUGGUAACCAGAAUCUACAAUUCAGUAGCGGACGGGAUGGAUGAUUUUCUCGGCAAUUUCGGCGUCCUGGACCAACUGUCGGUUGCUGGACAGAAUCUUAUAUCCGCAGCUACAAACCAUCAGACCGGUGUGGCUCCCAUCCCGGGGUUGGCGACCGAGGACGCGGUGACCACCGCAGAAGCGGAAGCCGAGCUCAACGCGUUCGAAGACCGCGAGCUGGAGCCAUUCAUCAAGCCCAUCUGCGAUCUGUUUUUGGAGGCGUUCGAGCUGAACAGAGGCAACAACUGGCUGCGCGGGCGCGCCGUUGUGGUGGUCCUGCACCAGCUGCUGGGGGGCACCAUCGAACGCAAGGUCCGCGAAGGGGCCCGGUCGUUAAUCCAGGACGAGUCCCUCCUGCGCUAUCUGGGCGUGGCCAAGGAGAGCAUGUGGCCCGGGGGCGUGCUCCGCCAGAACAAGGUCCGCACGGGGCCGGAGCGGCUCAAAAGUCGAACGGAAGCGAGCCUCGUGCUGGCAACGCUGGUCCCCGAUGUGGCCGGUAACGUCGUCGGGCGAGCCAAUGCCCAGGGCGCCGCACGCAGGAUCUUCGCUACGUUGAACAACCAGCGACUCAACUCGCAUCUGGUAUUUACGAUGCUGGAUGAGAUUGUGUUGGUUUUAUUCGGUGGGGGGAAGUAA